AUGGGGAAGAAAGGGAGUGGAUGGUUUACAUCUGUGAAGAAAGUGUUCAAAUCAUCAUCUCCUAAGGAAUUACCGAUAGAGAGAAAGAAAGACAAUGUAGAGAAAUGGCAACAUGAGGCUCCGGAAGUUUUGUCAUUUGAGCAUUUUCCUGCUGAAAGUUCUCCUGAUGUUACAAAUGAUGAGAGCAAUGCAUCAACUCCGGUAACUGAAGAUAGAAAUCAUGCCAUUGCUGUGGCAGUAGCAACUGCUGCUGCUGCAGAAGCUGCUGUUGCAGCUGCGCAAGCGGCAGCUAAAGUUGUUCGCUUGGCCGGUUAUGGACGACACUCUAAGGAAGAAAGAGCUGCCAUCCUCAUUCAAUCAUACUAUAGGGGCUACCUUGCUAGGCGUGCCUUACGUGCAUUGAAGGGAUUGGUGAGGCUUCAAGCACUGGUGAGAGGCCAUAAUGUACGAAAGCAAGCACAAAUGACAAUGAGAUGUAUGCAAGCACUUGUUCGUGUGCAAGCAAGAGUAAGAGCAAGAAGACUUCAAUUAACUCAUGAGAAGGUUCAAAGGAAGGCUGAGGAAGAAGAUGAACGAAGACUAUCAAUGGACCAAGAAAUUAUGAAUACGAAGAGUCCAUUGAAGAGUUAUAAAUGGGACAGUAGGAAUCAAAGUUCGGAUAAAAUCAAAGAAAAUGCUUUGAAGAAACAUGAUGCUGUCAUGAAGAGGGAAAGAGCCCUUGCUUAUGCUUAUUCCUACCAGCAACAACAACAGUUAGUCUCACAAAAUAGUCCAAACGGUAAAGAAAUAGGACAUCUUGUGAGUGAACGUGAGAAGGCUCAAUGGGGUUGGAAUUGGCUUGAGAGAUGGAUGUCUGCACAACCAUAUAACGUGCGUCAAUUGGGCCCAAAUGAAGGCUCUUAUGUGACGUUGAACACAACUACAACCACAACAACGACCGACGACAUGUCUGAGAAGACGGUGGAGAUGGACAUGGUCACCCCAACAGCUACUAGCAGUUCCAACAUGGGGAUACUAGACGACAACCUGUAUUCGAAUCAACACCAACGACAAUCAAGUUCAAGCAAUGUACCUAGCUACAUGGCUCCGACCCAGUCUGCGAAGGCGAAAGUGCGUAGUCAAGGCUUGACCAAGCAACGUGCCCCUGGUACACCUCAGUGGAAUCCAUCCACUAAGAAAGGAUCAAACGUCGUUGUUGGUUCAGGUUGUGAUUCUUCUAGUUCAGGUGGUGGAACAGCAGCUUACCAAGCUCCAAGAAGCCCGAGUCCAAAACAUAACGGAAUGCGUCUCCAUUCUAGAAGACAUGCAGGUGGGUAUAGCCCUGAUUUCAAUGGUGGUGGUGAUGACUGGAGGCUGCCUCCUCUUGAUGGUCAUGGAUGGAGGAAUGAUUUUGAGUCUGAAAAGGCGAAGAGUGCGAUUUUGAGGGCGUUAGAAGGAGAGGGAGAAGGGAAAGAAAGGAAAGGAGAGGAAUUAGGAGUUGGGGUUCCGGUUACAGUUGUGAGGUUGAAGCUUGGUGAGGUUGCGGAGGCGAGUAGGGUUGUGGUUUUACCUGUUUGCAGAGCAGAAGAGGGGCAAAGAAAAAUUCUGGAAGCACCGUGGGAGUGUAGGGGCAAGGUUGAGUUUGGUGUGGUGGUGGCAGAGGGAGGGUGGGAAAGAUGGGUUAUGCAUGCUUAUUAA